AUGGACGAUGGAUUCAUAAAAUGUGUGCUUGAGAAUGCAAAAUUGUUGGAGAGAGUUACAAUCAGUUGUUUUGAAGACUACGCUACAGAUUUAGAGAUGCAGGAGGAGAUCAUGUAUCAGUUACAAGCAAUAUGCACCUCAACAAGUUGCGUUAUAGGUCAAGCGGGAUGUGGCAAAUCAACUUUUAUGAAGGCAAUAUGUGAGAGAGCUCAGUUGGAAAGGAUUGCGACCAUGAAUCUUGCAUUCGCAAAUGCAAAAAUAUACAAAUGUGAAAACGAUGAGUGUCCUCCGCCAUUAUGCUACAAGGCAUAUGGAAGUGGGAAGGAGGACACUCCUCUGUGUGAAUUGGUUGGGUUUCAGAACUGCCGGAUGAAAUUACUCAGGCACGUCUCUUUUGUAGAGUGCCCAGAUGAUCUCAAUAUUCUCAUGCCGAUGUUGAUUACUUCAGUACCAAAAAUACAAGGAGUACUACUUCUAAGCGAUGCCAACGAAAGGUUUCCCCAAAAGCAAACUUCUGAUUUUUUAGCUGCUCUUAAGGCUGUUGGCCUCAACCAUAUUAUAAUUCUUCAAACCAAAGUGGAUUCCAUCAAGGAAAGUAUUGCCAUGGACCGACUUGAAGCUAUUAAGAAAUUUAUUAAGAGAAGAAUUGUUGGUGAAGCACCUGUGCUGUCAGUUUCUGCAAAGUGUAAGUAUAACAUUGAAGAUGUUUGUGAAUAUAUUGUGAAAAAUAUUCCUCUACCUCAGCACUUAGUAAAACGGCCUUGUGUGAGUAUAUUUCGAUCGAUUGAUGUAAGUAAACCUGCACCAGAGAUUGGUGAGACAAAAGGUGUUGUGUUUUGUGGAAGUCUCCGUAGGGGUGUUUUGAAGGUAAACCAGAUGAUUGAGAUUGGUCCCGGAAUUGUUGAUAAAGAUGAAAAUGGGGAAAUCAAGUGCACACCGAUAUAUUCUAAAAUAGUUUCUUUGUAUUCUGAGCAAAACGAGCUCCAAUAUGCAGUCCCUGCAGGAGGUCUGAUUUGGAUUGGCACAAUUCUUGAUCCUACAAUGACAAAUGCCGAUAGCUUGGUUGGUCAGGUUCUUGGGGAGGUUCAAUUCCUUCCCAGUCUUUUCUGUAAGAUAGCAGUGGGAGUCCAAAUGUUGGAAGAAAGAACAAAACUUAGCAGAGGAGAGAUUGUUAAGUUGAACAUACACUCCUGCUCCAUAGUAGCUAGAGUUUGUCAAGCAUCGGGGGAAGGUGGCAUUGUAAGACUGAAGGUGAAAUCUCCUGUGUGUAUGAUGCAAGAAAGGUUUGCAAUCAGUCGAAAUGUUGAGAAUCAAUGGCGUCUAAUUGCGAUUGGAUACAUCAGAGGCGGAACAACUGUUGAUGGAGAAAAAAUUUAUCCACCACAUAUUCGAAGGUUGGGGUGGAACCUUUGA